AUGGAGAUCAAUUGCAGUCCGAGACAAAGUUUGUUAAUGUUUUUGUUGUUCAUUUUUAUGUUUGUGAUGAGUUUGAGAGGUGAUGAAAGUGUAGAUGGAAGUAAUAUUGCUCAAGCUCCAACAAUGGCCAAUAAUACCUACAACAUUACUCACGACGUUAUCGAUAAAAAGGACGGACGCGGAGGAGGAGGAGGAGGAGGCAGUGGAGGGGGUGGGCGCGGGUGGGGAGGUGGCGGUGGAGGUGGAGGUGGAAGUGAUGGUAGCGGCCAGGGAGGAGGUGGUGGAGGCGGUGGUGGUGGAGGUAGUGGUGGAUGGGGUUGGGGAGGAGGUGGGGGUGGGUGGUGGGCAUGGGGAUGUAGGAAACAGAAAAAGCAUAAUAAUGUAAGAGAUCAUAGACAAUGGCAUAUGAACAAUAAUCAAGAUUACAAGAUAGGGGAAUUUGCACAAUGCGUGGUUAAAGGAAGAUGCAAAGGAAUGCGUUUGGAUUGUCCUCUUCAUUGUGGUGGUCCUUGUUUUUAUGAUUGCAUCCAUAUGUGCAAAGCUCACUGUCGCCGCCGCCGCUAAGGCCCAUUCAAAUAGAGCCUUUUUCUUAGAGAUAUUCCUUCUAUCAUACAGAACUUCCUAUUUUAUGUUUUUUUUUUUGUGUUUUUUCUACGAUAGUAUUAUUCCUUCGUAUGGUCUCUUUGGUCCUCUAGUUCUUAUAUCUUACUAGAGAUUUAAUUAGGUGAAUUGUUAGGCUUUUUCGAAUUCGGUUGUAAUCUAGCAAGUAAUAUGGUUUACAUGUUUCUGCUCACCAUAUUUGAGGGCUUAAAGAUUUCUUUUGGUUUUGGUUGAUUA